UCCGCGGACUGCAAGGACCCGCUUUUCUUUCUUCCUCUGGAGCUUUAAGGACCAAGGAUCGGAGAUGCGCCGGGACCUGUUUACAAGGAAAACGCAGCAAGUUUGAGAGUGAGUGAGGGAAUGCGGCUCACAAUGCGCCCAGAAACCAUUACUCACCCCGCUGGGUCUCUGCUCCACAGGCUGCAAACACCGCGGAGCUUCACUGUCUGCUGAGAUCCGCACCAGGAGUCCGGGAUGCGAACCGGGACCCGAUCCGGAGGAUUAAACCGAGUUUGUAGAAGCCGCUCUGUGUCUGAACCUGCUGUUUGUUAAAAAAGAAGGAGGAAGUGAAUGUGUUAUAGAGUGUUUAUAACCUGAAGUUACACAAUGAGAGCCUCGCUGGGCUGAGGAUGUUUUUACUUUACGGUUUUAACUUUUUUACAUAACUUCUCGUGUGUUCACUCGGUCAGCUCGUUAACAUAUUCCGUGCUGCUGCUGCACACCUGAUCCAGCAGCUGCCAUGUAACCUGAGAGGAGUUUAAAUAUUACAGUGUUUCCAACACAGCAUGCAUUAAUAAUAAUAAUAAGUCGUAGUAGUUCACGGGGUGUGCGCGAUGUGCGCGUAGAUCUGUGCGCUUCAGCAGAACCACCGGGAGGGUCGAAGAUGUCGGUGAAAGCCAAAGCCAUCUACACGUUCCAGAGCGAGAACAAAGAGGAGAUCAGCAUCCAGGAGAACGAGGAGCUGGUGAUCUUCGACGAGAACUCUGUGGACGGCUGGUUCCAGGGGGAGAACAGCCGGGGCGAGCGCGGCCUCUUCCCCGCGUCGUACGUGGAGAUUAUUCGGACUCGCUCCAACUCCAACGUGACGGAUUGCUCCAUCAGCCCGGCCGGAUCUCUGGGCAACGACUCCUCCUACUUCCCCUCCACGCCCAACACGCCGAUCCAUCUGCCGCCCGGUUACUACGACGAUGACGACGACGACUGGGACGACUGGGACGACAGGUCGACGGUGGUGGACGACGGCGACCACCACGGCCGGAGCCCCGGCGCCAACGGGCACGCCCACCAGAGCCCGCUGUCCAACAACCCCAACGUGCACUACCGCGCCAAGCCGCACAUGGAGCGGCAGGACAGCAUCUCCAGCUCCAGGAAGGGCAGCAUGGUGGGCCGCAACCUCAACAGGUUCUCCAGCUUCGUGCGCUCCGGCGUCGAGGCGUUCGUGCUGGGCGACGUGCCCAUGAUGGCGAAGAUCGCCGAGUCGUACACCAUCGAGAUGGCCCCCUUGGGGCCGCUGUGGCAGGAGAGCCCGCAGCCGUUCUCCUGCUCCAUCGAGGACCCGACCAAGCAGACCAAGUUCAAGGGAAUCAAGACGUACAUCUCGUACCGGGUCACGCCGAGCCACAUCGGGCGCCCCGUCUACCGGCGCUACAAACACUUCGACUGGCUCUACAACCGCCUGCUGCACAAGUUCACUGUGAUCUCCGUGCCCCACCUGCCCGAGAAGCAGGCGACGGGCCGCUUCGAGGAGGACUUCAUCGAGAAGCGGAAGAGGCGGCUCAUCCUGUGGAUGAACCACAUGACCAGCCACCCGGUCCUCUCGCAGUACGAAGGCUUCGAGCACUUCCUGAUGUGCGCCGACGACAAGCAGUGGAAGCUGGGCAAGAGGCGCGCGGAGAAGGACGAGAUGGUGGGCGCCCACUUCAUGCUGACCCUCACCAUCCCCAACGAGCACCAGGACCUGCAGGACGUGGAGGAGCGCGUCGACACCUUCAAGGCCUUCGCCAAGAAGAUGGACGACAGCGUGAUGCAGCUGACCCACGUGGCCUCGGAGCUGGUGCGGAAACACCUGGGCGGCUUCAGGAAGGAGUUCCAGCGGCUGGGGAACGCCUUCCAGUCCAUCAGCCAGGCGUUCACGCUGGACCCGCCCCACAGCUCCGAGAGCCUCAACAACGCCAUCUCCCACACGGGACGCACCUACGAGAACAUUGGGGAAAUGUUUGCGGAGCAACCUAAGUACGACCUCUUCCACAUGCUGGACAAACUGUCGCUGUACCAGGGCCUGCUCGCCAACUUCCCCGACAUCAUCCAUCUGCAGAAAGGGGCCUUUGCGAAGGUGAAGGAGAGCCAGCGGAUGAGUGACGAGGGGAAGAUGGACCAGGACGAGGCGGACGGCAUCAGGAAGCGCUGCAGGACGGUGGGCUUCGCCCUCCAGGCCGAGAUGAGCCACUUCCACCAGCGCAGAGAGGUGGACUUCAAAGACAUGAUGCAGGCCUACCUCACGGAGCAGAUCGCCUUCUACCAGCGGGUGGUGCAGCAGCUGGAGCGCACGCUGCGCAUGUACGACUGUCUGUAGAGACACCGCCACCGCCACCGCCAAAAACACAAGAGAAGAAGAAGAAUGAGAAGAAGAAGAAGGAGUCUUUGGUGGACUUUAAGUUCAGAGACGAACGGAGCCGCUCGCUCUUCCACUUGGAUGGAUCCAGUUAUUUUUCGAGACCUACUGUACCUUUUUAUCACAUAGACAGUGUCACAGCAUCUAGUUUAUUUGACAUAAUUUAAUGUGUUUGUAACAUUAAAGGAAGAAUAGAGGUUUGUGUUUAGUGGAACACCAUGAAACGGGUUCAGUUUGUCCCCUUCUCUCCAAAGUUCAUCGUUAUUCAUUCCAGAUUUUCUUUAACGCUGCAGAGUUUCAAGUCCGAGUCGCUCAGGUGUUCGCCGCUUUAACCCUCGAUGGUACGCAUUAGGAUGCCAGUUGACAGUGUUUUUUUGUGUCUUAAAAUAGACUGAAUAAACAUAUUCUGAAUUUUUUUUAUUCAGAACUAACAGUGCUCGAAAAUGUACGUAUUUCAUUGGUUUCAGAAAUGGGCAAAUGUGGUAAAAUGACCUACUAGCGCCCCCUAGAAUUGAGCCCCUAAAACAGGUUUUGUCGUAGAGACACGAAAUUGGGUACAUCCAUGUAUCAUGGGAAGACGCACCAAAAAGUGUCAAGAAGCCAUAUCCAAAAGCCAACAGGAAGUCGGCCAUCUUGGAUUGAAAAUGGCGUUUUAGACGUUUUUCGCCAUUUCCACACCGCAUAUUUUAACUAACUCCUCCUACAGAUCUAAUCCGAUCGACUUCGGACUUGUUCAGUACCAUCAAAAGGCCUUUGACAUCAAAAGUUAUGAAAAGCUUUGCAGACCGUCACACUAUGGAGGCGUGACAUGGCGACAAAAUAUGGCGUUUUUGCAUAAAACACGAGACUGUAUAACUUGACCAUCCAUUGUCCAAUCUGCCCCAAACUUGUCAUGCAUGAUGAUGGUCCAUCACUGAACAGUUCUACAUAACAAUAUUUCAUAAAGUCCCGCCCUUUGAUUAGCCACGCCCCCUUUCAUAACUCAUGACCCUUUAUCGUAGAGACUUGUAUAAGGUGUCAGUGAACUCAGCAGAAAGUCCCUG